GGGUCACGGCUGAUGGAAAACCUAACUUCCAAAGACUUCUGCAUGAAUUUGGCUGUUGCAAACUGCAGUGCAAAAGAAUACAACUCCAACCCGAAGCAGAUCAUGCCUUUCAAGGAGUUUAUGCAGUACUGGAGAGAGUACAUUCAGAAUGGGCAUUCUGCACCCAAAGGAUGUCUUUACGUAAAGGACUGGCAUAUGCAAAGGAACUUUCCUAAACAUAAUACUUACAAGACCCCAAUUUACUUCUUCUCUGAUUGGCUGAAUGAAUACUGGGACACAAUUGAAGUGGAUGAUUAUCGGUUUGUCUACAUGGGUCCUACGGGGUCAUGGACACCUUUCCAUGCAGACAUGUUUCGCUCUUACAGUUGGUCUGCCAACAUCUGUGGACAUAAGAAAUGGCUCCUGUACCCUCCAGGCCAAGAGGAGUUCCUGCGGGACUGUCAUGGCAACUUAGCCUAUGAUGUAACAGCACCCGUACUUCAAGACAAGGGUCUUUAUCCACAGUUUGAAGAGGCCUGUCAGCCUUUAGAGAUCAUUCAAGAAGCUGGGGAGAUAAUCUUUGGGUGUCCGAUCCUGCUUCUGGAGGACCAAUGCCCUGCAGAGUUUUGCUCCAAUCUGCCCAAACAAACAUGCUUGGAAGUUUUCUACAGACAACCUCUAUUCUAG